UUCCGGUUGCGUUCCAAGCUGCCUCUGCUGUGUUCUGUGUGUGCGCCCCGGUCUUAGGCAAGAGAGCAAAGCGGACAGCGGCCAAUGUCCCUCACCGACAAGAGCAGAAUGGCUAGGUGAGGGGGACAGGAGAUGGAUACCGGCUCCCAUUGGUCAGGUUCUGCAGAAGUCAUUUUGAAUGUAGAUGAUCGCCAGUAACAAGAAAUGCUGCCCUCUGAUCGAGGGAGAUGGAAGAGUCGAAGCUCGCAGAGCCAUGUGAAUGGACGGAAAAGUCAAGAGAGCACUUGAUGCUCCAAUCAGAAGACCCGGGGUACCAUACGGGGGAACCAUCUUGCUCUGUUCCUGUACAGAUACAUGAAGCAUUGCAUAUGAAAGAGGUCCCUUUACAUGUUACUGAACAGGAGAUGUUUGAAGGAAAUUCAAGUAAUCCUAGAGAUGAUUCCGGUUUCUCCAGUUCAAGUCUGCUGCCUCAGGACUUGUGUUCUCAGCUUGUACCCAAUGCGGCAUCAACUCUUCCCAACGUUUCUCCCAGUGAUGAGAAUGAGCCGUCGGCUAGAGGCGUCCGAUGUGGCUAUGAACAGACAAGCAAAGAAGGAGACAAUGGUAAUUCUGCCAAGUCAGAACAUUUUCUUUGCCCAGUCUGUAGCAAUGAGUAUAAAGCACCCAGCGAACUGAAGGAACACUUUAAAAGCCAUGGGCACCCCCGUCAGGAUUUCAGCUGCUGGAAGGUCUCUUGCCCGUUUAGUACACAAGAUCGCAAGCACUUUCAGGCACAUCUGAGGAGAGAACAUUGUUUAACCCCGGUGACUUGUGCUCACCGCACCUGCCGUUGGCUGUUUCCAAACAGCGAGGAAAUGAACCUGCACUUCCGCUGUCACUUUCCUUUUCACUGCAACCAGUGCGACUUUGUCAGCUCUAACACAAAGCUGUUUUCCCAGCAUAAGAAGGAACACCAUGCAGAAAAAGAUACCCGUGUGGGAGGUGGGGCAGCGCAGUCACUACAGGUCCCUACCAGCCAUCCCAGGCAAGAAAUCGCACAUCACAGCCUGGAGUACAAUAAGAAAGACCAGCAUGAAUCGUUUCCUCCUCAGCAAACCAUGAAAAGAGCUAAAACUGCCACCCAGAAUGGAGCAUCCAAAGAAAAUCCUAGGUGCGUCACUGAGGGGAAUAGCAGUACCUUUCCUGCUUUCAAAAAUAAUUCAGCAAGGGUGAAAAAUGGCCACACUGUUAAAAACAAGAACAAGGCGUUUAAAGGGGAUGUGGAGAACGGGAAGGAGCACCUGUUUAAGACCCACAUGUGCCCGGAGUGCAAACGUUGCUUUAAGAAGCGGACUCACCUGGCCGAUCACUUACACUUGCAUUUUCCCGAUCCCAACCUGCAGUGCCCCAACUGCCACAAGUUCUUUACCAGCCGUAGCAAGUUGAAGAUUCAUAUGAUGAGAGAGGCGGGCGAGAAGAGCCAUCGCUGCCCGCUUUGCGACUACAGCUCCGUAGAGAAAAAUGCUCUCAACCGCCACAUGGCAAGCAUCCACGAGGGGGUGUCCAACUUCUACUCAGACACUUAUUCCUGCCCGGUGUGUCAGGAGACAUUUAAACUGAGCCAGGCUCUGAAAGAUCACAUGAAAGGGCACAAAUCUGAGCCCAAGGUGCAUUUGUGUUUCGAGCAAGGUUGCGAGCAAGCCAUGUCGGACAGGAAGGAUUUCCUUCGGCACCUGAAAGAGUCCCAUGGGAUCCAGGCAGUAGAAUGCAGGUACCACGCCUGCUCUUUGCUCUUUAAAAGCCGUGAAGAGAUGGAGCUGCACCGGAAGAACCAUUAUGCCUUUCACUGCCAGGAGUGUGACUUCGUCUGUUCCAAUAAACACACUUUCCGUAAGCACAAGAAAUGCGGGCACCCCGGCAAAGAGGAGCUGUCCUGUCCCUUCUGUCCGUAUAAGAGCUAUAACCCAGUGGAAUACAGUGACCAUGUAGGCAAGAUGCAUGCCAAUGAGAAGAUUCAUCGCUGCGGGGAUUGUGAUUUUGCCACUGCUCACAAGAGGGUUCUGAUUCGCCACAUGUUACUGCACACAGGGGAGAAACCUCACAAAUGCACCCAGUGCGACUUCGUGUGUCGGGAUAUCAGCUAUCUCUCCAAGCACAUGCUGACCCAUUCCAGCGACAAGAACUACAUGUGUACUGAGUGCGGCUACAUCACUAAAUGGAAACACUACCUGAACGUACACAUGCGCAAGCACAGCGGGGACCUGCGAUAUCAUUGCAACCAGUGUGCUUAUCGCUGCCACCGAGCAGAUCAGCUGAGCAGCCACAAACUGCGCCACCAAGGCAAGAACCUUAUCUGUGAGGUCUGUGGCUUCGGCUGCAAGCGCAAGUACGAGCUGCAGAAACACAUGCAGUCCAAACACUCACAGACUUGUCAGGUCCCAAUGUAUCAGUGCCGGUAUUGCAACUACCAGACAAAAUACAAACAAGCCCUUCAUAACCACGAGAACUGCAAGCACACCAAACACCGAGAAUUCCACUGUGCUCUCUGUCCGUACCACACUUUCAGCAACACAAGCCUGUUCUUCCACAAGCGCAAGGCCCACGGAUAUACCCCAGGGGAUAAGGACUGGCUGGCCCGAUAUGCUAGAAUGAAACAACAGAUCAGCCAGUCGGAUCUGCUUUUCCCAUACACUAGCGGUUCUGCAAAGUCGUCUGAGGAACAAGUGCCUUCUGGUGUCGAACAGAAUUCAUGCCUUGAACCCCUGGUGGGAAGUUCUAAAGUAGACAGCACCUCGAAUGCACAAGAGGCAGGAUGUCUGCAGGUUGCAGAUAUGACUGAAGCCUCUGGAGACAAUAACAUUUCAGUGACAGAUGAGUCUCUUCUUGCAACCAUCACCCUAGAACCCGUAGAAACUUGCAAUAUAGGGUUGGAAGACUUUCCCGUUCAAAUUCAGCUUUCAGCCUCCACAGAACUCUUGUCCAAAGAGACAUCGGAGGAGGCUUUAGGUGCUUGUGAAGAUCCCCUUCAGGCAAGGGAAGAACUGCUGUGCUUCACUGAGAACCUGGCAGUAGAAGACGAUAUUAACUGUGGGCAAGAAUAUGAAGAAGAGGCAGAUCCUAGUCUGGAAGAUCAUGACAAGAUGCAUGAGUCUUCUGAGACCAGGGCCAAGUUUAACCAAGAACCAUUGCUAUGCGAUCUUAAUGAUAAAUGUACAGAUCUUCCUGUUCAUGUAGGUGCUAAUCUGGACCUUCAGCACAAUGGCAUACCCCUGGAAGUCGAAGAGUCUUGGGCCCAUGUCAUCAAGGAUGGUGUACAAUUAACAAUUGUAUGUGAAUCCAGCGAGCUUGCUGAUAACGGCACUACUGAAGAGGAAACUUCGGCCUCCUUCCAUGAAGACACAGAAGAAUGUUCUAGACCAGAGUCCAUGUUGAGAACCUUAAGGAAACAGGACAAAGAUCAAGCAGAAACCCUUGUUUUGGAGGGCAGAGUCCAAAUGCUGGUGGUGCAGUCAAGAACUCCGGUGUACCGGUGUGAGAAGUGCUCCUACAUUACACGGAAGGAAGGUUGUAUGCUGCAGCACUCUAAAUCAGGAUGUCACGCACGAAAAUCAUCUCUGGUGUGUGAGGAAUGUGGUGCCAGCUUCAAACAACAGAGGGGGCUCAAUACUCAUAUCAUAAAAAAGUGCCCAGCCAUAUUAAAGAGAAAAAAACCUUCUCUACAGGCUGUGACCUCCGCAGAGGCAACUAUCUCAGAAACAGGUUUGGAGGCUCCUGCUCUAGAUGAGGGCAUCAUGGCGGAAUCUCAAGCAUCACUGACUUCAGAAAUACGUGUGGAACAUGUGCAUCCGCUGUCACCAUGCCAAGAUCUCAUUCUGGAGGAAUUAAAAGGAAAUAUCUCUGAAAAAAACAAUGUGCUAGACAAGGCCCAAAAUAGAAUUAUUGAGUUCUCAUCUUCGGCCUCUGAUGACUUGGGACCUGAUCCGUUAAUGACAUCUGGGUUCCAGGACAGAGAGAAAUAUAAGUUUGAGCAAGGAAAGUUCCGUUGCCUGUUCUGUUCAUUUGUCUGCUCCCGGGAAUGCACCAUAAUCUGCCACGUGAGGGAUAACUGCCGAGAGCUAAGGGGCAACUCAAGUGAAACAGCCCUGAGAAGGCACCUGCGAGAAAGGAGUGUGAGCUCUGUGGAUGAGGAAAGCCAAAAUACAGAGGAAGAUGAAGACCAUAGAAAGGAAUUUGUGUAUAAAAUAGAUGGUGAAUCUAGGAUUUCAUGCCCUUCAUGCCCUUUCACGUGUUCCCAAAAUCGAGCCAUGAGAACACAUAUGAAAAAAGGCUGCCUAAAGCCGGGGGAGCUGCAGUGCCCUUUGUGCUCGUUCCGCUGCAUGUCAUCGGCAGCACUGAAGCGUCACAAGGAGCUGCAUCAGAAAUACAGCUGCAACCGGGCCCAGCUGAAGUGCAAGCAAUGCGAUUUCACCUGCAAGCAGCCGCGGUGCAUGAAGCAGCACGUAAAGAUCCGCCACGAGGGCGUUAAACCCCACCGCUGUCAGUAUUGUGAUUUUAGUACAACUCGGCGAUAUAGGCUGGACGCCCAUGAGUCCCUGCACACUGGGGUUGGACGCAUUUCAUGUGAUUCUUGCAGUCGCACUUUUGGAACUAACUCCAAGCUUCGACUCCACCAACGCCGGGUCCAUGAGAAGAAACCCACACAUUUCUGCAGUCUCUGCGAUUAUAGCGGUUACAGCCAGAAUGAUAUUGCCCGUCACAUGGGAAGUUGCCAUAAUGGCGAACCAGCCUUCCCGUGUGAUGUGUGCCAGGCAAGCUUUAGCUCCGAAGCUGCCCUGAAGCAACACAGCCUACGCAAACACCAGGAGAAGGCCACCCAUGAGUGCUUGCAGUGCCAGUUUUCCUGCCACAGCCUUGCCACUCUCAGAUGCCACCUCCAGAAGCAUCACCUCCAGCUGGACUGUACCAUCUGCAAGCAGACUUUCUGCCGCCGACAAGAUCUGGAAGAGCACCGCAAAUCUCAUUUUGCCCAUCACUGCCACUUGUGCCAGUAUGCCGCCAAAGAUCGGCAACAGCUCGUGCAUCAUUAUGCGGAGGAACACGAGACGCCAGCUGUGCCCGGUGCUGAGCAAGAAAUGGGGCUUCUCUGCUGCCCGUUCUGUUCCUUCUCCUGCCGUCACCAGCUGGUAUACGACCAUCACGUUAAAGGCCAUGGAGGCAUACGGGUUUACAAGUGCUCAGACUGUGAAUAUACCACCAAGAACAAGCAGAAGAUCACUUGGCACAGCCGCAUCCACACGGGUGAAAAACCCUACAAAUGCCACCUCUGUAGCUAUGCCUGCGCCGACCCUUCACGCCUCAAGUACCAUAUGCGCAUCCAUAAGGAUGAGAAGAAGUACCUGUGUCCUGAGUGCGGCUACAAGUGCAAAUGGGUUAACCAGCUGAAAUAUCACAUGACCAAACAUACAGGUUUGAAGCCAUACCAGUGUGAGGAAUGCGACUAUUGCACCAAUCGCGCCGACGCCCUUCGCGUUCACCGAGAGACGCGCCACCGCGAGGUCCGCUCCUUUAUAUGUGAGCAGUGUGGGAAAGCUUUCAAAACGCGCUUCCUGCUUAAAACUCACAUGAGGAAGCACAGCGAGGAGAAGCCAUACGUUUGUAACCUGUGCCAACGCAGCUUCCGCUGGCCUGCCGGCCUCCGUCACCACUACCUCACUCACACCAACCAGCACCCUUUCUUCUGCCAGUACUGUACCUAUCGGGCCAAGCAGAAGUUCCAAGUGGUCAAGCACCUACAGAGGCACCACCCUGACCAGCCUGACAUAGCCAAAGGGGUAGGGAAGGAUCCGUUUGUGCCCUCUGCCCAGACUUGUGAUCCUGCAGAGGCCAAAGCUGAGCAGCCACAGGAUUGUGAAGGGGGCAUCUUGCCAGGAAUGAACGUACAGUAAAUACACUUCCUGCGCAGCUUGAAUCCCGCUCCUACUUGGCCUUUAUUCUUUGUGAGCUUCCGGCAGAAAGUGCUAAUGAAGGACCUUUUGCUGCUGCAAUGCGCUUAAUCGCCGCGGCUCGUGCAGAAGGAAGACAGCAUGUCGUUUGUCUAACGAGUCACUCAUUCUAUAAGCAGUGAAACCAUCAGCCACCCCUGCUAGCUCGCUUGUUUGGGGAUGCUGGGAGUUGUAGUUGCAGCAGAAGAGCAUUUUAUUUGAGGGGGGAGGGCUUUAAACCAUCCCUUUGCAUAUUUUAUCUUUUUAAGACAUUUUGCAAUUGGUCUUCUUUCUCUGUGUUUGUGGGUGUUUUUUAAAUUGUUUGGCCCUUCUAGUCUGCCUUUCUCUAAAUUUUUAGUUUAUUUUUGCCUCUUGAUUUAACCCUCUCCUAUUCAGCUUCCGGUCAUCAUUCAGCCUAUUUCCCAAUGAGAUGGUUCACCUUUACGUUAACUUUUAGUAUGUUAUAUAAUGGCCAAUUCUAAGCAACUUUUCAAUUGGUCUUCAUU